AUGAGUGCUGGUCUGUCAGCUUCUGACAAUCCGCCGAAUGAAGUGAGCGACAUGACGGCUUUGUCGCCGACAUACAGCUACAGCGUGAUCCCACCACAGGGUUGGAUUCGGGUCGUCAAGCUUCAUGCCGACUCUGAUAUACUGUCUUGCGAUAUACACGUGCAGCAGAUCGAUGACAAGGCGCUGCAGUAUGAGGCGCUUUCUUACGUCUGGGGCGAGGACGACACAAAUAGCAGUGCAAUCAUACAUUGCAACGGCAGGCCGAAGUCGAUCGGCUCAAACCUCGCUGCAGCACUGAAGCACCUGCGCUACAGUGACCGUGCCCGAAUUCUAUGGGCCGAUGCACUUUCUAUUAACCAGUCGGACAGUGAAGAGAAGAGCUUGCAGGUCGCUCAGAUGGGUCAGAUAUAUGCUGCUGCUGAGCGUGUUGUGGUCUGGCUGGGUAUGGACAGCGAAGAGGAAGCAGCUGAGUGCUUCGGCUUGAUUCAAAGCACGACCCGCACGUUGGACCUGAUGGUCAAUCAACAUGGUAGCAUCGAGGAUGUUCCGCCACUACCAACUAAAAACGCGCCUAUUGCGUCUGGUACUGAUUCAUGGACACCGGUCAGCAAGCUGAUGCAGAAUCCAUAUUUCGAGAGAACAUGGACACUGAGCGAGACUGGACUUGCGAAGACUGCCAUUAUUCAGUGGGGAUUAGCGACGAUGCCUUGGUCCUGCCUGGUCGAGCUCAUGUUGCUGAUAGCCUUGCGGCCUGACAUACGUGCGCAUACCGGCAUCCUGAACUCUGGCUUAAUAUGGGACACUUUCGAGGAUCUGUGGAGUGCUUACAGGAACUCAACGACUUGGCGGGACGAGUUGCCUUACACUAGAUCAUUCCCUCGCUCAGAGAGUGGUAUUAGCUUCAUAAGCACACUGAACAACGGUCGGUACUACAGAGCGACAGACGCACGAGACCAUAUCUACGCCUUUCUCAGCCAUCCCAGCGCAGAUGCUGCAGCCUCGGACAACUUACUGGUGCCAGACUAUGAGAAGUCUGUAGAUCAGAUCUACCUGGAGACCGCGUUACGUGUGCUAGAGACAGACUCUCAUCCAUGGACACUGCUCUCAUGCAUUGACCACACAAUAGAAUCGCCGUCCUUGAAAGGAGGACGUCCAUCAUGGGUACCGCGCUGGAACGAGCAAUUUCGUGUCUACUGGCUCGGCUACCCGGGCAUGUGGUAUCGUGCCGGCAAUCUGGAUGGCUCACGCUUUGUAUGUCGCUAUGACGGGGAGACUCAAUCACUUCAUCUGCGUGGCAUUGUCCUAGAUACAGUAUCAUGGGCGUCGUCACCGCAUCUGUCUGCCGACAUUGUUGUGGAAGAACAGUUGAAGGAGCAGCCUAUUCAGUGUUUGUGGCAUGAACUUGCGCAACACGAAGGCAGUGCGCAGCGAUCGAUCUACGGCGCCGAUCAGAGAGCGCGCGAAUGUGCCUUCAGCCUCGUAACCAUCGCAGGUCGGUCCGUCGAUGAGUCGCCAGCAGAAAACGACGUGGAGCAUCACCUUACAGUGUGGAAUGCUUACAAAGCUUUUGUUAGUGGAAAGACAUCAGCUGCAGCCGACGGAUUCUUAAAUCAUGAAGUCCACCGCUUGAUCGACAAUCAGAGACGAGCACUUGACAAUCGUCGAUUGUUCUGCACAGAACAGGGCUACUAUGGGGUAGCACACCGUACUCUGCGUCAAGGCGAUGUGUGCUGCGUACUGAAAGGGGCUGGAGUGCCAUUCAUCUUGCGGCGAGUUGACGCCAGUGAUGGACUUGGCGGCAGCAAGUUUAUACUUGUGGGAGAAGCCUAUAUUCAAGGCAUCAUGAGAGGAGAAUUUUGGGACGCUGCAAAGGACCAAGACCUUGGAAUCACCGUCAUAUGA